AUGGAGGAUAAUAAUAGCACAGGACCGUAUGAUUCAUCUGUUUUACAUCUUCAAGCUAGCCGAUCUGAGUUGGUCUGGCAAACUGGAUACACCGACCCCUUACAUUGCAGACGUCGAGAGGCUAYUAUUAGUAGGGUGACACGUCCAGAUCCUCAUAUAGAUCCAUAUCUACGACAAGUAGAAUUUUAUGCUUUGGUGGAGCGAUGGCGACAAGAGACGCACACAUUUCACUUGCUGCAUGGAGAGUGUACCGUCACAUUACAAGAUGUCACCAUCCAAUUUGGACUACCUAUAGACGGGAAAGCUCUUAUUGGAUCAUUUCAGCACACUUGGCGGGAUGUGUGUACUGAAUUACUAGGAGUUACACCAGGAGAAAGAGAUUUAGUUGGUGGUCGUCUUAGCUUACCAUGGUUGGCAAACCAGUUUGAUGAUUUUACCCAUCUGCCAGAUGAUGUUGAUGAUGUAGCUCUACAACGUUAUGCUAGGGCAUACAUUCUUACCCUUAUUGGAGGUUGCCUUGCCUGGCUUUAUAGACAGUUAUGCAAAGCUGUAGCUAUAGAUGCACAAGAUAUAGCAGAGCCAGUUAUAUUACUACAAAUUUGGGCAUGGGAUCGCUUCCCUUUAUUAGCACCCCGCAGACUCCAUAUACACGAGAAUAACUUAGGAGAUAGACCAUUGGCAGUACGAUGGAAUGAUGAUUUUAGAGUUACUGAAUCCCCGACUCACGUACUUAUCCAAUACCAAUUCAUGUUGGAUCAACUCAUGCCGGAUCAAAAUGUCAUGCCCAAUAUGACUGAUAGCGGUAGAAUCCAUUUAUCUAAUAUUAUCGAAAUAUAUCGAUCGAUGCAUUUUGAAGGAGUGUUACCAGAUCGUAGGAGAAGACGACAACGAAGAGGAGCUAAUAUCCUUGAUGAUGAUCCAAAUGACCAAGAAUAG